AUUGCAUUUUCGAAAACAAUUCAAAACAGUUGAUGGUUAUAAAACGACGUUUCAAAAAACAACAACGCGCAUAAAAUAAUUUAAUUCAUUUUGUUCAAAAUUAAAAAAAUAAUAAUAAAAAAUACUUAUAUAUAAACAAAAACAAUAAAAAAGACAUACAAAUUGUUCACACAAUAAAUAAAAUUACAAUAAAUUGAAAUAAAAAACAACUGUACAAACCCAUUGUCAACGAUAAAUUGUCCACGUUGUUUUCAAAACUAAAAUAAACACAUCUAUUAUUAGAAUACAUCAAAUACCCCCCAUCACGAACGCAAUAUUGUAUUGUACUUAAUUAAACAGUGUAAACAAAAUAAAUAUCUAUAAUAAUAAAUCAUAAUAAGUUAUGCCCGAUAACAGUUCAAAAUUUAAUCCAAAUCUACAUUUGGACAUACCCAAGUGGAUUAACGAAAAGUAUUUCGAAAAUAUUCUCAAGAAAGAUGUUGCAAACUUUAAAAAGAUCUUAAAAUUCACCACCAUACCGGCUACACCACCUGGUGAAAAUUAUACCUCAAUUAUGUUGCGAAUUAAAAUGGAUAUUGAAUUGGAUGAUGGCUUUACCGAACAGAAAUCGUACAUUAUGAAAACAAUGCUGGACAAUGAUAAAGGCGGCACAUUUAUUAACACUCUCAAUCUGUUUCCCAAAGAAAAAUUGAUGUACGAAACAAUAUUGCCACAGCUGGAGUCCCUUUAUGAAGAAUAUGGCAGUAAAGUAAAAUUUGCACCAAAAUGUCACUGGAUUGAAGAUAAAUCGGGACGGAUAACACUGGUUCAGGAAGACCUUUUAACAAAGAAAUUUCGAAACAUAAAUCGUUUAAAAGGUUUCGAUAUGGUGCAUAUGAAGAGAGUGUUAGAGAAGUUGGCAGAAUUUCAUGCCGCUUCGGUAGUGCUACAGGAGCGUAUUAGUUCAUAUCCAAAGGAAUUUACAAAUACAUAUUUACCCGCCAACUAUCAAAAAUCAAAAUCAUAUCAGGCUAGAGUACACAGCUACAAAGCAGCUAUGGCCAGUUGGGGUUUGGAGGAUUAUGAAAAAUAUGCCAAGAGAAUACCCAAUGCCGAACAGUAUGUCAAUGCCACUAUGCAGUGCUUCAGUGGGGAAACCAAUGAAUUUAAAGUGUUAAACCAUGGUGAUUUCUGGUCUAGCAACAUAAUGCUGAAUUAUACCUCAAAGGGUGCAGCCACCAGUGAUAUUAAUCAAAUACGCUUUGUGGAUUUUCAAAUGUGUAAAUGGGCCAGUCCAGCCAUGGAUUUGUGGGAACUUAUUAUUUGCUCAGUGGAAAGCAAUUUGCGUAUACGUAAUUUCGAUUUAUUCAUUCGAAUAUAUCAUACGCACCUGUUAAAAAGUCUGAAGUUUCUAAAAUACGAAAAACCUAUGCCGUUGUUAAGUGAUCUCCAUAUCAGUAUGCUGAGACAUGGUUUUUGGGGUUAUUUCACCUCAUUCACCCAUUUGGUUAUGAUACUAUUGCCAUCCGAUAAAGAAGCCAGUCUACUUAAACUUAUGCAGCCCAGUGAAGAUGGUGAAAAGUUUCGCAUGAAAGCUUUUACAAAUCCCCUGUAUGUAAGGGCUAUUUUGGAUAUAUUACCAUUUCUUUAUAGAAGGGGCAUACUGGAGUUUGAAUAAGCUAAAAGUUUCUUAACAUACAUUUAACAUACAUUUAAAAAAAAAUCUCAAAAAUAAACGAAUUAAAAAUAACGAUUAAAGCUUCAAAAGUUUAUUGAAGUGUAUUUUUUAUUUAGUUUAAAGAAAGCUUUUAAGUUUAGAGUUGCUCUGUUUAGUAAAAUGUGAA